AUGGAGGCCAUGCUUGCUAAUUACGGGACGACAAUUCAGUUGAUAGAUAACGACCUGGCUCGUUCUAAUGAAGAGUUCAAAAAACAAAUGGAGAUGUCUAACGAAAACAAAAAUAAGAGAAUGAAAAGCAUUCUCAAGACGACUUUGACUAUGAUGAAGAGCCCGGGUAACGUCCAAGAAACACCCGAUGAUUCAAGUGGAAAAACUUGGUGGGAGCAGUUCAAAGAUUCUGGUUAUCCUGAUGAUCAGUGUUUCGAAUUUUUCAGAUGUUCGCGCGUUCCGGUAGACAAGCAAAUAGCAGCAGUACUGUCAAAAAUAUCAAAUCGCGAUACAUUUGGAAGGCUGUCGGCAAAAUUCAGCUUAUACAAACCAACUUUAAUCGGUAUCAUUGAUACUCUUCACAUUCCUAUUUGCAACGCGUACGGAAUGGCCGAUGCUUUCACAAAUUCAAAGAAUUAUUAUUCUUUCAGAGAUGUCAGCAUAAGAUUUCCAGGAGCUAGAACCGAUAUUGAAAUAUUACAAGAUUCAAACAUCUAUAGGCUGCAUGAAAAAGUUAUUCCUCCGGAAACUCAAAGUAUAAAUGGAAUGGAAAUUCCAUACUAUGUAAUAGGACCACGUUCGUACCCUUUAUUAUCAUGGUUACUAACAGAAUACCCAAUGGCGACAACGAACAGUGAUCUACUAUUUAAUUCUCACAUUGAAGCAGCAAGCCAACUUAGAAAAACAGCGAUUGAACGGAUGAGAGCACGGUUUGACAUAUUAAAUUACCCAAUUGACGUAAACAUCGGAAUACUUCCGCAAUUAAUCGGAUGCUGUUUUGCGCUACACAAUAUUUGCGAGCGACACGGUGAUUUCCUGUCGGAUGAGCGAAUCAAAAGCUCCUUGAUCGUUGCCAGUAAUUAUGAGCAGCCGGAAAAAGUGCCUUACACUGAUAAAAAUAUGUGCCUAAAGGGUGUAAAUCAACGUGAUUGCAUUAGAAAUUAUUUUGUAAGAUUAGAUGAUAUCGAUCAGUCAACAUUCGGAUACAUGGACUAUGAAAGCAUUGACUUUCUCACUGAAGAAGUUGUAUAA